AUGAGCGACUGGAUUGAGCAGUACUCGGCUGCUCUCACGGAACGAGAUGGCCGCGAGCAGACGCACAAGGCAUACAUAGAUGCUUAUACCAAGCUUGCCGACCGCACCGUAGCCCUCUCUUCCGAAGCAUCAGCACCGCCCACACCCUCCUCACCAAAGCCAUCAUCGGCACGAGAGCAGUCCGGUACGCCAGUGAAAGGCAAAGCAGUAGUUGCGAGGGGUGGAGAGCAAGACCCCACGGACUUUCUAUCACGAAUCCGCCAAGAUCUGGCCACUACACAGAAAGCCCGCGCAACCCUACAAGCCCAAGUAGACGACCUUACCACGUCCAUCGCAGCCCUACAAACUCGGAACAAAGCCUCAACGACCCAGAUAGCCCAGCUCACUCGACAAAAGGCAGAGGUGGAGCGCAAGCUCCGGGACCGUGAGGAAGAAGUGCGAGUAAAGACCAAGAUGGCCACUGAUGCUACAGACGAGAUGGUAGCUCUAGACCUGCAAUUGAAUCUAGCAGAGGCCAAAUCGAAGAAGCUGGUAGGCGAGAACAAGGACCUGGUGGACAGAUGGAUGAAGAGGAUGGGUCAGGAGGCGGAUGAUAUGAAUCGCGACUCGAAGUGGGAGUGA